GAGUUGUAGAAAAGUUUUUUUUUAGAAACUUUCCACAGAGUAUACAAACAUGUGACCCGUCUCCGAACUACGUGAAGUCGAGUUUCGCCUCGCUGGAGAAAAAGAUUUACUUAAGACAUGAGAAUCAAGCUACAGGACCUCAAGGUGUAAGAGGCAAUCACUAUGGCAACCCAGUUCACUAUCGAUGAUGCCUUUGUCCUGGAGGGAGACGAGGAGGGAGCUGUGUCCGAUGGAGAGACGGAGGGAUGGAAGGACAGAGAGGGAGGAGGAGAGAUGACGUUCGGUCCUCUAACUUUCUCUAAACCUCAGAGUCAUCCCUCUCCUGCGGCGGCCAGCUCCCCUGAACACAGUAACCUGAAAUAUCAGAAUCUGGAAAAUGAAGAUGCCUUGGGGAACAGUGGCAAUUCCUCCUUCAAUAACUUCUUCAAAAUCAGUGACCCUGCGACUUUAUCGUACUGCAGCUCUCAGUGGUCCUUCAGCACCUUGAGUUCUGUUACGCAACUUUCUGCACAUUGCUGCGGGUGGGUGUCUCAUCCGCUGGUUAAGAAAAACAGAAGAGUUGUUCUUGCUUCAUUCCUUCUCCUCAUCAUUGGAGUUGCUCUUAUUUUCACAGGUGUUGUCAUACAGCUGAAUCCAAAUGCAGGUGUUUCAAGUGCUAUUUUCUUUGUACCUGGAUUUCUUCUCUUCAUCCCUGGAGUGUACCAUGUGAUAUACAUCAGCUGUGCUGUCCGAGGCAGAAGAGGCUUCAAAUUGUUCUACCUACCUUAUUUUGAAAAAUGACAUUUCAUGAGACACUACAUUUUCACUACAUUUCAGUGUUUGCUUUGUUAAAAUGAAUUGUAUUUUGUCACAUGUAACAAAAAUAUAUUGUCACACAGUUGUUUUUUCUUGUCAUUGUAAUGACCACUGCUACUUCAACCACUCAGUGCCUUGACUAGGUUUCCACUACAUGAACUGACAUUGCUGUAUGUGUACACUUAAAAAACAAUGGGGGAUUGGUCUUGCCUGUGUUUUCCAUGUUGUGUGAAUAAUGACUGUGAAAUUACAAUAAAAUAUUUGUAUAUUUUCCUUUCUGUCAGCUGAGUUAGUUUCCCAGUUUGGAAAAGUGAAAGUUGUUCAUAGCAUGCUUUGCUGUAAACCUACAAACUGGGAUCAAACCUGCAGCUCAACCAAGACUUUAAAAGCUCAGGGCUGAGGGGAAGUUUGUGCAGUUUAUUGUGCUAAAAUCAUACAGUGUGUGGCUAUAAUCCCUUUAAUGCACCUCCCUAGAGUGCAUUAUCUUACAUAAAUCAUGAUCACUUGCCAAAAAUAAAAUAUAGAAUUGAA